AUGAUCGUGUACCUGCAGCUGGCAGCCUGCAAAGGCAAGACGCUGCUCAUCAUCGCUGAUGCCGCCGAUACUGUGGCACGCAUCAAGGCGCUUGCCUAUCACACGCUUGCCGCUGAAGAUGUCCACGCCGAAGCCUUUCGUGUCUACUACAAGGGCAAAUCCCUGCCCGAAUUUCUCACCUUGGAGGAUUGUGGACUCUCAAACACCCGCGAUCACGUUGUUGAACUGGUGCCCGUUCAGAGCCUUGCUCAAGCCCCGCUUCAGAGUCUCUCAUUUGCCGACAACGAGCAUGCUGCCAAGCUGCUGCAGCAGGAGAUGCACUGGUUCAGCCGCCGCGCCCGGCUCCUCCAUGCCUACCGAAUUCUCCUCUUUUUUUGCAUCUUCACUUCACUUGCCAGUCUCGUUUCCUUCCUGUGGUACAUCCCCAUGAUAUCCGUUCUGGUGGCUGGCAUCGAGUUGGUUAAUGUGCCCCAGUUCUCGGAUUUGGGUGGCUUCACCGUCCAAAUGCUACAAUCCUCCAUCGCUCACAUGGAUCGUGCCAAGUAUUUCAAUUUUCUCUGGGCGAUUGCCAUUGCCGCUAUGAUUGCCCUACUCGGUCUAGACUUUGGUGAUGAUUGCGACAUUGUCUGCGAAGAAGACACGUACUUGACUCUCGGCACCUACGGCCUUUUGGCUCUUCUCUUUUUGGGUACCUCCAUCGUCAGUUGGUGGAGCAGCUUCAACUUCCGCCGCAGGGCCGGUGAUCUUCUCGAGCCCUACCUGCUCAGCAUUACCAACAUCAACUCGCGAUACUUUGCACCACCCGGCACCUCACGUCGCACCCCCCUCCCCACCAUCGAUGAGCUGUCUUCGCGCGAUACGUUGGCAUUUGUGCAGCGCAUUCACGCCUUUUUGAAUGAGUCGGCCAGUAAUUGCCUGCUUCUCUGCCAGCUGCAGAGCGUUAUUCGGUUGCUUGAAGUGGCUGGUGGUACAGGACAGGCCAGUGAGCUGGCCAUUCUCUGCCUGGAGCGCAUGCUGCGCUAUCUUAGUACCCAUCCCACUUUACUGGAGCAUGGUGUGGUUGAGCGGAUUCAGAGUCACCUUGCGAGCAACCCGAUCCAAGCGGAGCAGCCGGGUCUCACUUGCUUAGUGCACCUGUGUGCAACGGACCAGGCUUGCCAACAUGUUCUCAAAGCUGGAACCCUUGAGAGCCUCCGCGACAUUGCCAAGGGCUUGCUUCCCAAAAGUAACAACUCGUUGGCCACCAUCACGUCCGCACUGAUGCGUGCCAACCAUUAUGAGGCCACAUCGGAAGAUGUAGAAGACUGCGUGUUCUUGGUGCGGUGUGUGCUGCAAUCAGCGCCCAAUGGCGACUGCUAUAAUGCCCUGGCCUGCCUGAACGACUUGCUUGAGCUGCAUCUUGAUGAAAUCAACGAUGCCACCCUCGGGCGCCUCAUCAUCAGUUGGCAGGCUUUGGUUGAGACGAGCGACGUCGAGGUUGCCAUCUUGGCUGCUCAAGCGUGCGCCAGCUUUUGUCAUCAUGAGCAUGGGCUGCAAGUUAUGAUGCAGUAUCAAAUGUUGGACAGCAUGGUCAGCUUGCUCCGACCCUUCUUGUCGGUGGACGAGGGCAUGUUGGUGGCGCAGCCAUUUUAUGCCUGUGUUCGACGCUUGGAUAUGGAAGGAGGGCUAGACUUGGAUGAGGGGGCCCAAGCAAGCUUGACGGCUCUUCGCUCCAUGAUUGCCGAGCGUUUGGAGGUAGCGGACCUUGAAGGCGAGGACAUGGACGUCAUGGACACCUCUUCUUGA